GGCUUCCGACAGCGCGGAAUCGGCUCUUUAACGGCAGCAGCAGCACUCGCAGUACCACAGCAGCCCUGCAAGACGAUGAACUUCACGAAGCUCUUCAUUCUGGUGGCGAUCGCCGUGCUGGUGGUGGUCGGCGUCCAGCCGGCCGACGGUGCCCCAAGGUGGAAGUUCGGCAAACGACUAGAAAAGCUGGGUCGGAAUGUGUUCAAGGCGGCCCAGAAAGCCCUGCCCGUCAUCGCCGGAUACAAGGCCCUUGGCUAGCUAGCUUAACCCACCCGUCGGACUCCCACUGACAGCGCCUAUGGCUGUGCCGUUCUUCAGCUUUACUGUGUGUAUGUGUGUGUAGUAUGUAAGCUAACAUCUAAUAAAACCAACAGAUCGCAACCUUCUGUU